AUGGGAGGUUCAAAGAAAAUAGGUAUUGAAAACCUUCCUUCACAUAUGCAUAGGUUCAGUGGAAGAACAUCUGUGGAAGGAAACCAUUCACAUUCAAUAACAAAAAGAGGUUAUAUAAAUCUUGCAGCGGGUUCGAAUAGACAGGGAAUGAACAGAUAUGAUAUCUCAGAUGACCCCAAAGAUGUUAGCACAGGUAUUUUCUGUGGAACUGCAGGAAAUCAUACACAUGUUGUGGCUGGUAUUACAGACCCAGCAGGUAAUGGAAAAGAUUAUAUGCCUCCUUAUAUAACAAUGCACGCUUGGAUACGAGUUGGUUAA